AUGGAGAAAUGUAAAGAUGUUGUUACACCUGCUGUUCCCAACUUACCUCUCUCACAACAUGAAGGGGAGAAACUCAUGGAUGCUACUCUCUGUAGGAGCAUUGUUGGAGCCUUGCAGUAUGUUACCCUCACUCGACCUGAUAUUUCAUUUGCUAUUAAUAAGGCAUGCCAAUUUACACAUGAUUCUUCUGAUCUUCAUUGGGGUCGUGUCAAACGCAUUCUUCGGUACCUACAAGGCACAAGCACAUAUGGCCUUCAAAUUCAAAAAAACCAGUCUAUGACAUUGGAAGCAUAUGCAGAUGUCGAUUGGGCUGGCUGCCCAGAUGACCGACGAUCAACUAGUGGAUUUGUUACUUUGCUUGGAGGAAAUAUUAUUUCUUGGGGAUCAACUAGACAACAUACUGUAGCACGAUCAAGCACAAAAGUUGAAUAUGAAGCCCUUGCGAUUGCUACUUCUGAAAUUAUUUGGUUGAAAUCUCUUCUCAAGGAACUCAAGGUUCACAUUACGGGGCCACCAAUACUCAGAUGUGACAAUCUUGGAGCUACUUACCUUGCAGCCGAUCCUGUUUCAUGCAAGAACAAAAUAUAUCAAAAUUAA